AUGUCUGAACAAAUUACGCGAAUCACUCUUUUCAAGAUCCCAGACGAGGAGAAUCAAAAUAAAGUAUUGUCGCUCUAUCAGCAGAUGCCCCAAAAGGCCUUGAAAGAUGGCAAGCCGUACAUCAUCUCAGUGAAGGCCGGCCUAGCUGUUGCUGAUCAAAGGGCCCAAGGGUUCACGAUUGCGGCUAUCUCUACAUUUUCAUCAAAAGAAGACAUGGACUACUAUGACAACGGCUGCGCAGCACAUCAAGAGCUGAAGGGAGUUGCUAAGGGUGCUCACCAGGGCUUUGCCAUGGUAUUUUUCAAGGGUUAA